AUGGAUUUCUUUGGGCCAUUUGUAAGUGUAAUUGACACAUAUCUUAUUGUUCCCAUUGCUCGACAGAUAAAAUAUUUGAGAAACUCCAAAGAAAAUUUAAAUGGCUUGCAAACAGUAGUUCGAGAUCUGAAAGCAAGGAGGAAGGAUGAACAAAGCAGUCUAAAAGCAUCAGAAAACGCUGGACAAGUGGAGACUAAUGUAGCAAGCAACUGGUUCAAGGCCGUCCAAAAAAUUGAACUGGAAGCUGAUGUCAUAAAAAAGGAGUAUAAUGAAAGGACGUAUGCAGGGGGUUGGUGUGUGAACUGCUGGUCACUCUACAAAUUGAGCAAGUGGUCUGUAGAUCUUAAGUUAAAGGCUGAUCAUAGGCUCAGUGAACAAUUUGUUGUGGCAAGGGUGCCUUCUCCAAAGUCUGUGAUAGAGAUGCCAACUGAUCCGAUAAUAGAGAACCAGCAAUCGGCUCAUUGCAAGCUGCUACAGAUGCUUGAUUGCAUAGGUGACUCUGAUCGACGUUUUGGCAUCAUUGGAGUGUAUGGUAUGGGGGGAGUGGGUAAAACCACUCUGGCCAGAGAAGUAAACAAUCACUUCGUAAAGGAUUCUUGUUUUGAGACCGUGAUAAUGGUCAGGGUGUCUGCCACUCCCAACAUACCUAGUAUCCAAACCACAAUCUGUAAGCGCCUCGGAUUACCAGAUAAUAAUGAUGCUGAUGCAUUGUACGAAGCACUAAAGAAGAAGAAAUUUCUUCUAAUUUUGGAUGAUGUGUGGUGCAAACUAAAACUUGAGGAUGUUGGAAUCCCUCACCCAACUCGAAGCAAUAGAGGGAGCAAGAUCCUAGUGACCAGCCGGAGUAAAGAUGUGUGCACUGAUAUGGGUGCCAGAAAAACAAUAAAAGUGCAGCCAUUAUCUGAAGACGAGUCGUGGGAGCUCUUCGUUGAAGUAGCUGGUGAACAUGUUGGUGCCGAUGGCAUAGAGUGCUUUGCUGAAAAACUGGUUGGAAGGUGUAAGGGUCUCCCUCUUGCAAUUGUCACUGUGGGUCAGGCAAUGGCUAAUCGACAUGGGGUUGGGGAGUGGGCAAAUGCGGUAAGGGAAAUGGAACUAUCAGCCACAAAACUUCGAGGUAUGAUAGAUGAAGUAUUCAUUCCUUUAAAAUUUAGUUUUGAUAGAUUGGAGGAUAAUAUGCUUAGGAGUCUUUUUCUUUAUUGUGCCUGCUUCCCUGAAGACCAUAACAUAAGCCAAGAUAAUAUAUUGGAUUAUUGUGUUGGAGAAGGAUUGUUAGAUAUAUUAGGUAGCCUAACAGCUGCCAGGAAUAAAGGUGAGGCUCUGAUAGGAAGCUUGAAAAUUGCUUGCAUGUUAGAAGAUGGAGAGGAGAAAGAUAGUGUGAGGAUUCAUGAUGUGAUGCGGGAGCUUGCAUUUUGGAUUACAUCAUCUUCGGUGUCUGAUGGUAAUCUCAAGUUCUUGAUAUGGAUAGGUGAAACAUUUAAAGAGGCACCGCAGGCUCAUGAGUGGGUAGAUGCAACAAGGAUUUCAUUAAGGGAUACCCAAAUAAGGGAGUUGCCAGAGUUGGAAGAGAAGUGCCGAAAAUUAACCACUUUGCUGCUCAGGAAUAAUGAGAACCUCACUGCUAUUCCCCCAAUAAAUUUCUUGCAACACAUGGAUAAUCUCACUGUACUUGAUCUUUCUAACUCAGAGAAAUUGGAAUAUCUCCCAGAUUCCUUGUCAGGUUUGGUGAAUCUUCGGGUGCUUAGGUUAAGAUUUUGUGAAAGAUUAAGAGAAUUGCCUACAGUGGGAAUGCUCCGACAGCUCCAAGUUUUAGACUUGGGUUUUUGUAGUUUUGAGUUAGACCUGCAAAUCAUGGGAGGUACUAUGAGUAAUUUAAGAUACUUGGAUAUGGAAUGGAGUGGAGUUUCAAUUCCAGUGGGGGUAAUUUCUCGAUUGCAGAAAUUGGAGGAAUUGAAAUUGUGUCUAGCGGAUAAAAUAAAAUGGAGGGUGAGUGGUUUUGGCGAUGAUGAAAAAUGGGAUGGGAACCAUGGGAUGGGUGAGUACUGCUCAUCUAUUAUUGAUGUGGAAGAGUUGUUCCAGUUGACUUAUUUAACAUGUCUUUCUAUUUCCUUUCAAGAUAUCACUAUUUCUGAUUGGUUCAAACCUUUGGAUUGCUUGGGUGUGACAUGUGUGCCCACUAGUGUUGAAGGUGAAGUUGUAAUACAAAAUUGUGAAGAUUUGGAGGUGCUGUUGGAUGGAGUGGAGGAGGAUUCCUUUAAGUGGUUACACCUGAGAAGAUUGCCAAAAUUGAAAAGGAUACGUGGUAGUCUCGCACCACUAAAUUGCUUUGCUCAACUAUGUGGGUUACAAAUAGAGGAAUGCAAUAACUUGAAGAUGAUCUUCACCAAGGGAAUGCCACGUCUGUUCACCAACUUGAAGGAUAUUGAAGUUCACGAUUGUGAGAGAAUGGAAGUAAUAAUUGAGGAAGAAGAAGAAGAAGAAGCUGCUGGUGUCAUCUCACCAUUCCCAAGACUAAAUACAUUAUGGCUAUUUAACCUACCAGCACUAACUGAAGUGUGCACCAAUCACAUCUUGUAUUGUCCCCUUAUAAAUUGGGUGAGGGUUGAAAACUGUGAGAAGUUAAAGAAGAAUCCUCUCAACAUACGAAAUGCAGACGGUUUACUCGUCAUCGAGGAGGAGAAAAAAUCUUGGAGAAAAGGCAGUAAGGUCAUGGAAGAGGAAAUUCAAGCAUCAUCAUCUAUGUGAGUAUCACAAGAGAGAAACCAAUAUUAUUUCUGGGUUUCUUUAAAUUGAUUCGCUGCUCUGUUCAG